AGUUCAAACAUUAAUAUAUACAUAUAUAACAUAUUAGUUUAUGAGCCAACCUACUGAAUUACACCAUGCUAUAUCAUUCGUAUACCUAUGUGUAUUCAUUUUUGUGUUACAUUAUAUAUUAAGUAUAUUAUCAUAUAGUUUAGUUCUAGAAGAUGGAGAAUGAAAUAGUUGUGCAGGAUCUUGAACUGCAAUCGUUGAUUGGAUUUGAUGGUAAUCCUUUGAAUGGCCUUAUACUGCAUCCAGAUGGUGUUCAUUUAGUUUAUCCAUUAGGGACAAACAUCACCGCUUAUAAUUGGUCCACGAAAGUGCAACGAUUCUUUGAAGGGCAUACCAACGUCAUAUCGGCGGUGACCGUAUCAAAAACCGGCAAGUACGUCGGUUCCGGCCAAGUAAAUUAUAUGGGAUUUCGAUCUCCGAUAAUCAUAUGGGACUUCAAAACCGGUCAGAUUAUCACGAAAUACGAGUCGCACAAAGUGCGUGUCGAGUCCGUCGCCUUCUCUUGCUGCGAAAACUUCCUUACAUCCUUGGGUGGUCUAGACGACGGUUCUGUGAUCGUUUAUGACAUUGAAAAGAAAGAAGUUCUGUGCGGUUCGUCGUCGGUGAAGUCGACCGCCGGCUACACAACGGUGCUCAAGCCCGUGCAUUUGCGCGGUGAGUGUUUCAUAGUAGCGGGCGACAACAUACUGAGACUGUGGACGUUAAACAAAGAGCAGAGGAACAUCCAAGGACUCGAUGCGUCGUUCGCGAAGAUCAAACGGAAAAUUCUGUGCACCGAGAUCGACCACAUGGACGAGUACGCCUAUUGCGGUACCAGCACCGGAGAUGUAAUGAAAAUCAAAUUGAACUUCUCGCCCGACACCGCGGUCGUGACGCCAUCCAACUCGCCGACGUUGGUCGGUUGUUUUGCCAAGCACCCGACCGGCAAGAGACGCAGUUCCGCAGUCACCGUGGAACUGUACAGCAAGGGCAUUACUUCGUUGUACCUGAUCCCGGACGGUACCAUGAUCGUGGGCUCAGGGGACGGUGUCGUAGAACUAGUGAAGCAAAAACUUCGGUCUGGCAACACGAAGAACAGGUGCAAGGUCCAGACCCGAUUGGCAACGCCCACGCACCCGUUGUUGGUGGCCUUGAAGUCGGCCAACGUGGACUCGUCCGUGACCAGCGUGCAGCUGAUGAAGAACGUCAUAUUGGUGGGCACCAACAACUGCGAGCUAUUCACGAUUCGGUCUGAAGACUUCGAAGUCACCUGCCUGUUCACGUGUCACACUUCGGUGGUAUACGAUUUGGCGUUCCCGCACAACUACAGCAAGGUGUUCGCCACGGCCAGCAAGAACGACGUGCGCGUCUGGUCAGUGGACACGCUGCAGGAGCUGCUCCGGAUCACCGUGUGGAACUUCACGUGCUCCGGUGUGCUGUUCUCGUUCGACGGUUCGCAGAUCGUUACCUCCUGGAAUGACGGCAACAUCAGGAUAUUUACACCGGAAACCGGGCGUUUGCUGUACGCCAUUAACAACUGUCAUAAUAAGGGCGUGUCGGCCAUUGCCAUGUCCAAGGACGGUAAGAAGUUGUUGAGCGGUGGUGGCGAAGGUCAGGUCCGCGUCUGGCAGGUAGACCAAAUGAACGGUACGCUGCAAGCCGUGCUCAAGGAGCACAAGGGCCCGGUAAGCUCGAUCGACGUGCACCAGCUGGGCCACGAAGCUAUCACGGCUAGUGCAGAUGGCACAUGCGUGGUGUGGGACAUUGUCCGGUUCACACGGCUGUCGAUCAUGUUCUCGUCGACAAUAUUCACCAGUGCCAAAUAUCAUCCCAACGGUGCCCAACUGCUCACGUGUGGCACCAACAGGUAUAUCGGAUUCUGGGAGGCGCUCGACGGUUCGCUAAUUCGUGAGAUCGAAGGGUCUUCGGCGUCCGCGUUAAAUUCAUUAGAUGUCACACCUAAUGGAAAGUACAUCGUGACCGGGAGUUCGGAUCAGAUGGUAAAGGUUUGGCUGUACAACGAGGGGGUGCCCACACACGUCGGCGUCGGGCACGCGGGCGUCGUGACCAACGUGAAGGUGAGCCCGGACGGCCGGUUCGUGGUAAGCACGAGCGCUGACGGCGGCAUAUUCUUGUGGCGUUUCCCGCACGCCGCCGACAUCGCGCCGCCCGGCAGCCGGUGCAGCGUGAACAGCGGCGGCUGCAGCAGCAGCGCUAGCGGCAGUCCGCGCGAACAGCAGGUGGACCGCUCGAGGGAGCUGUCGUUGAAGAAGACGUUACCUGCCCGGAAGGAGAACAUCAAGGUCAUAUCCAAGGCGCAAAAGGUCAGGGCGUCUGACGGGCCAACCGCGGGCCGUGCAACGUCGUCUGUCGACGGGAACGUGAACUCCACGACGGCAACGGACCGCGGUUCGAUUAAGUGCUUGUGCCGGCGUGAAUCAACGUGUACUUGCUGCGCCGACGCAUCCGGCAACACAGACCGGAAGAGCACGUCGUCCGUCCAAUAACAGUGUGACCUUAACUCAUAGCAUUUCCUCCGUUGGUUUUUAUUCCCUUGUUUACCUAUAUUUUUGAACAUUUUCAGCAACAUGUUGCUGAAAAUGUUCGAAAAUAUAGUUAUAAAAGUAAUCAAAUAUAAUCAAAUAUAUGUUAUAUUAUAACAGUUGGCCGACUAGAAGAGUUGACAGUGGUAGGUAGGGCCGAACUUAAAUUAUCGUUUCGGGGGUGUUGAACACCUGAAACUACCCCCUCAGCCAGUGGUGGACUGGGCCGAAAGGCGAGGGGGUGAACGCCCCUGGGUUGGUAUGAUUGCUGGCUCUCACAGGUAUAUUUGGCCCAUAUGUAGAACUGUGUAGUGAUUAAUUUAUCAGCAAAUUGUGCAAUUUUCAAAACUGUAGCUUAGUUUGCUCAAUGCGACGUAGAGUAACACCAAUACACCAUAGAACAACAAUUAUCUAUGCAGCUGCAGUGAUGGUUGAUAGAGUAAUUUAAAAUACACUGUGUUUAGAUACCUGGGCGCCCGGGUGGAUAGAGCGUACACGGACUGUCCGUGUAUAUAUUCGAUACCCGAAUAGUUAACGCGCCGGUCGGGGGCAGUUGUCACGUCAGUGAUGUUAUGCUAGCGGCACUUGUCGCUACGCUCCUCGGCGCCUUCGCUCCGCUCCGCUGAUCGUAAAUAUCCCUCGACUUGCUAUGCAACACCACCCCAAGUAGGUUACAGGGUAAUUACUAAGUUACUAACUGUUGUAUCAGUUAUCAAUCACCAUGAAAAUAAUUAAAAAAAUGCAAAAUAAAAUUUCAGCAGUUGAAACCGAUACCUGUCGCUAUGUAUGGCUUUCAAUACCUUUAGACUACGAGUUCACAUACAAUAAUCUCAUAAUAUUGUUCAUACAUUAAUUUAGCUAGAAAUAAGGAAAAGGUAUUCAAAUGGUGUUAAUAGUAGCUACGGGUUUUUUUUUUUUUUUUUGUAGCGACUACGAUAAAUGCAUGAUUCAGUUGACCAUCAAGGACACAAAGAAUUUUUUAAAGUUUUUUAGUUUUGUGUAUCAAAUGAAAAGAUGGUGAUUGGACAUUGUUAUAAAUAAACUUAUGCUGUAUAAUGAUAUUCAUGGAAUUUUUGGGCCUCUUCAUAGGAUCGCCCGGGCCGAUUUCUUACCCCAGUCCGAUCCUGCCCUCAGCACACCCCUAGUGGUUAUUACCUACAUUGCGAAAACUCAAAACGAUGACGAGACAGAUGUUUAUUUUAUCAUAGUUAUAUUUAAUUCUACGGUUUAAAUACCUAAUUGGUAUAUAGAUUCUUCACAAUAGAAAUUGUGUUGUUAUGUAUUCGACAGAGCACAUUACUAGUAAAUUAUAGAACAAAUUUGAACGGCGAAAUGUGAACAAAAUUAUAUAUUAACUUAACAAUUAA